AUGUCAAUAAUAAAAAAAGGACAAUUCCCUUGGCUCGUGCAAUUUAAAACCGUGAUUCCUUGCGGUGGGAUUUUAGUUUCUUCUGAUUGGAUUUUAACAGCUGCUCAAUGUGUUCAAGGCGAUCGACAAUCAAUUUUACUCCAAGCUGUUGGUUUGAAUGAAACAGAAUCAUUUCAAGUUAUAAAUGUGAUGCAUGCGUAUAUAUUUCCAAAAUUCAACACUCAAGAUCCUAACAAUAAUAUCGCUUUAGUUAAAUUAAUGAGACCGUUUAAUUUAUGUGAUGCUGAGUUUCCUUUUUUAGAUCUAGGACCACCGCGCAAUCAUGAUGAAAAUUUUAAAUCUUGCUUUAUAUUCGGCUGGGAAAGUUAUGUGGGACGGCAAUCGAAAAAAGUGUUCGCAAAACCAAUUCAAUACAGUGAAAUAAUAUUAAAUUCGUGGAAAAAUUGCGCCUACAUGUACAAGGGGAAUGCGAGUUUUUUAAAUGUUUUCUGCACAAUGGUCGAUUCGGAUGGCGAAAGAUUGGCGUGCGCUGGUAAUCCAGGAACACCCGUUGUCUGUCAAGAUCAAAAUGACAAAAUGGUCUUAUUAGGAAUAGCAUCGUGGACCAAGUUUUCAUUCGAUUGCGGUGGUUCACCAACGUAUCUCAAUACUCACAUGUUUAGAGGCUGGGUGAAUGAAAUACUAAAAAAUUACCGUGAGAAUUCAUUGCCAAAACUAGAACUCUGCCCGAAAAAAUUAAACGAAGAUACAAAAAACAUAAAAAAAUAUUCCGAUCCCACAGAAUUGAGAAAUCAAUUUUCAGCCGAAGAUGUAGAAAAAAUUUUAAACGAAGCAAAAAAAUAUAAUAUAUUCAACAUAAAGAAAAAAUUCUCAAUUGACGAUUUGGAUGAAAGAAAAAAUUUACAGCCAAAAGAUAAUAUCACAUUUUCAAAUGAAAAUUAUAUAAUUCCACGCGAUGCCAAUGAAAAUGUAAAGAAACAAAAUUUUCCCAAAUAUCAAGAGACUGAUUUCAAUAAAAAAUCAAUAGAAACAAAUGAAGUAACAAAAAAUACAAAUUUUGACGAUUCGGACGAAUUAUUACCUUUUACGAUUGACGACGACGAUUCUCAUUCCUUCUCCUCUGAUUGUAGUACGUUUGUAAAUAGUUUCUCUUUUAAAUACAAUCUCAUCAUUUUGUCACUAUUCUUUUUAUAUUGUGUAUAUUGUGUAAACUUUUUAUAA